AUGAAAUAUGUUAGUUUAGUUGUUCUUACUAUACAAAAUGCAAUGUUAGGAUUAAGUAUGAGAUAUGCAAGGACUAAACCGGGUGACAUGUUUCUAUCAUCAACCGCAGUGCUUAUGAGUGAAAUUGUUAAAUUAAUCAUUUGUGUUUUUGUCGUAUAUACGGAAGAAAAUUACAAUGUUAGAGGAGCCAUAAAUAAAUUGUAUCUUUACAUAGUUAAACAGCCUUACGAUACUAUGUUGAUGGGAGUGCCUUCUUUAUUAUACGUAAUACAAAACAAUUUAUUGUACUUGUCAGCCUCGAACUUAGAUGCGGCUACGUAUCAAGUGACAUACCAAUUAAAAAUUUUGACGACUGCAAUUUUUUCUGUUUUAAUUCUGAAAAGAAAAUUAUUAGUUACUCAAUGGAUCUCAUUAUUGGUAUUGGUUUUUGGAGUAGUUUGCGUUCAAAUGGCUGAUACUCAACCCUCAAAAAUAACGACACUGCCAGUUGAACAAAACCGCUUUUUGGGAUUUGCAGCAGCAUUAGGUGCUUGCUGUUUGUCUGGUUAUGCAGGGAUUUUUUUUGAAAAAAAAUUAAAAAGCUCAGAUAUAUCUGUAUGGAUAAGAAAUGUUCAAUUAAGUUUUUUAUCCAUACCUCUUGGAUUAUUCACAACAUUCGUAUCAGAUUAUUCCGCAUUGAGAAAAAAUGGGUUUUUUUUCGGGUAUGAUGGAUUCGUUAUUUAUGUGAUAAUUUUACAAGCUGUCGGUGGUUUUGCUACUUCACUUGCAAUUAUAAUUUCAUGCAUUGCUUCUAUUUACCUCUUCAAUUUUGUACUGAGUGUUCAAUUUAUUAUAGGAGUAACUUUAGUUAUAUCAUCAGUUUAUGGUUACAAUUAUAGACCAAUUGAAAAUCCUGCAAAACUACCAACAUAA